CCCUGGGACAGUGGUUCUGAGACCUGUGCCCAAGCCUGCUUUCCCCUGCCCUGGGGCAGUGGUUCUGAGACCUGUGCCUAGAGAGUCCAAUUCCCUUGGCCCACAUGAAGUCUGGGCUCUGCUGCCCUUUGAAGCUCCCCAGAAAAGCAGCAUUCUCAGAGAACUCCCUAGGGGCACCGUGAAAAGUUCAGACAUUGAUGCUGACCUGCUCUUACCUCUUUAAGAGACAGACCCCGCCCCCUGACAGUGGGUGGGGCACGCACAGUGAUGUGCCACGUUACUCAUUAUGCAGUACAGACCUGCAUGAGGACUGCAUGAACAAGCUCCCCCUUUUAAGCUCACACCCUUCCCUCUCCCUCCUCUCUCUCCUCUUCUCUGUUUCUGGUGGUCAACCGCUAAUUCUUCUCUCUUACUCUCUGCUCUGCUCUGCUCUUCCAUUUCUCUCUCUCCCCCUCUCGCUCUCCCACCCUGUAAUACAACUCUAUGACUAAUGUACUCUAGUUAGUGUUUCAUUGCGCCGGCGCCGGCACUGGCCCCAUCUCAAUGGCUUUAUAUUUUUAAACUUUCACAAAAUCACUACACACAGCCCGCCCUUCUAACCAAGAGGUACCUACUUCAGGAUAGACACGAGGACGGGAGCCUACCAGAAUGCUGGGGCAAAGCCCAGCUCCUCUCAGACCAAGAGGUAAUGCCUGGAUGGAGGGAAAUUCAUGGUAGAAGUGUGUAUCCACUAUGGAAAGUGGUGGGUGCCCUGGUGAGUGCAAAGCCUAGCCUCAGGUGUCAGUCUAAAGGGACCAGACCCUCACCCAGCCUCUGCUUUAGCAGCCAUGACAGGCUACAGAAAAGACCCCGGCAGGAUGUAGGCCUCUGACUCAGCAAAAUGUUCUGGGCUUCCUGACCUUGCCUGACCUCCUAGUCACUAGGAGGUCAGAUACCCUCCACAUGGCAAGGAACCAAUCAGAAGUUAGCUGGUGCACUCUGGGCAUGCUUUAUGGUAAAACUGGUAUAACAGUGGCGUGCAGAGAAUAGCAACCACCCUGGGAGGGCCUAUAGACCAUAGCAACCACUUAACCAAUCAACACAGGACAGGUUACCCAAGCCCAGAAGCACACCAAUCCUGAGACUGUUGCAUACCCCUAGACACUCCCCUUGCUCUGUCCAAUAAAUUCCCUACCUCUUGGCCCCUCCGGGUCCUUCUUACUCCAACCACUGUGUUGAACAGUUGAGGGAACCGAGUUAAGGCACUUAACUUGUUGAAUAAUAAAAGACUCUUAGCUUUUGCAUAGGAAUGGGUCUUUCGGUGAUUUGGGGGUUCAGAAUUUGGGCACAGGACAGACACUGGGAAUAAAGUCCUAAAAAGGUGACAGUGAGAAGCACUGUCAACAGGUGAUGACUCUUUCUGUGAUCCUCCUUAAUACCUUGCUUUUGAAAGGCUGAAAAAAGAAUAAAAGAAAAACAUCAAAGCAUUAAAAAGAACUUUGUCUACAACCCACCACUGUUUAGGUUGUCCAUGUUGGGGGGAGGGGUGCACAUGUGUGCUUGAGACCAGAAGUCAUCCUCACUCAUGAAGCCAGCUAGCCCCAGGGACCUUCCUGUCUCCUUCCCUUAACUCCCACUCCUGGGUUUUUUGUUUGUUUUGUGGGCUCUGGGUUAUUAUGACUGUGUGGCAAGCACUUGACCAAUCUGAGCUGAACUAUCUCCCAGCCCCUAGGAUACCCACUUUAAAAAUAUAAAAGUCUCCUCUUAAGUCUUAGUAGCCACAUGGUAUGAGGUGUCUAGUUUAACCAAUACCCAUGACUUUACUAUCAUCCCUGGGUAUUUGUGUGGUGUAUUCUAGGACCCCCUGGAGAUACCAAACUCUUCAGAUGCUCAAGUCCCUUAAGUAAAAGGUGUCACACUUGCUUAGUGCCCUCGAAAUCCCCCCUUUAAAUAAUUUCUGUGUAUCUUAUACCAGCUAAUAUGCAAAUACCAUUUAUAUCUUUACCCUACCUGCUUAGUGAAUAAUGACUAGAACGAUGUCUGCAUGUUGAGUGCAGAUGCAGUUGCUUUAUUAAUUAUAUCAACCAUUAAUUGAUUGCAUGGUAUGGAGAUAGGGGCUUCUGACUCGGGUUUUAGGAGAGAUUCAUGGGCAGUGUAAACCUUCCUGCUGUACAGAGUGACACCCGGGUUCUAGGUUUGAGUCAUUUCUGACAGGGUUCCCAUUACCAUCUAGGGGCCUUGAUCUAGUUCAUUUUCUCUGACAGUUAAAGACUUGAAAGGCAGGAAAACAAUCUUGAGAGCCACAGGUAGCAGAGAAAUAAAUUCUCAAACACAGCAAACAGCAGCAGACACAAUCAACAGGUGAAGAGAGGCUUUUAUUCGUGAUGAAGAAACACGCCGGAGCAUGGCCCAGAGAAAAGACACUCUGCAAAGAAGAGGGGGCACUCGGGAAACCAAAGGAUUAGGGGGGUUUAAGGGUGAUGGAGGGAGUUUCCUCUGCCAAUUUAGGGUUGGUCAGUUUGGACAAAAUCAGGGCAGGGUGGCUGAGGGAGCCACUACUUCGGGGUAAACAGGGCCCAGGCUGGUCUUGAACUUGUCAUUCUGGUCAGACAGAGAAAAGUCCUUGCCAGGCGUAAGCUGUCUUCUUGUCUCCCAGAAGGAUGAAGCGGGAAGCCAACCAUCUUCAAAGUUCAGUCUUUAUUAUCUAGCCAUGGUCCCUCCCCCUGUCUGUCUUCUUAGUUGGUGACUCUAACUCCCCUGGGCUGCCCAGCUCAUAUUGCAGCACUCUCCGCUUCCACUAUCUUUCUCCUGCAGCGGUCUGACUCCUGAGGAGUGGUCCAAAAGAACCCCCAUUCGAGACACACAGGGGUAGCAAGGAAGCACACUAGUUUCGGUGAUUUGCAUGUGUGAGUUCGAAUCCUUGAGAAUCUUUGGAAAACGUGAAAGAUACGAAAACAAAACUGACCAGAAUUUCAAAGGAGUGACCCUCAAGAAUCACGACAGUGUAAUUGCCCUUUGCCCAGCAAGACUUGCCUCACUGGAGCUCUCAGGGAAGUAGGUGGCCUUUUCCAUUGACCAAAGGCCCUGGUGGUCAUAGUGAAAUGUGAUUGUGGAGGCUCCCGCCACACGGAGCAGCUGCCACCUUGCAAGAUCAAAUUCUACCCUGCAAGCAGCUGUGAAAUCUGACUUGACUAUGCCACUCCCACUGGGCAUGAAGCCCUUCCUGAUAAAGGAGGCACAGGGAAGGCGGGGCCUCUGUUUUGGCUCCACUCCUCCCUCCUGCCCUCUUCCAUGCCACCCCUGGGCCCCAGAGAACCUGGUCAACUGUUCUCACUUUGGUCCUUGCUCCCUUGAGUACUGGAGGAGGCACAGACUCUUAAGCUACCCGCCCCCUUCCCAAGUCUAGUGUGCGCAAACUCAGAGCAGCAGAAGCCCAAGCCCGGGGAAAUGUGGCCCAAGGCCAAGGCUGACACUGGGCUGCAACUCCUAGCCCCUCCCCUGCCUGGGCCGCUGGAAAGCUGACGGCAAGCCAAUUGCUGGGGGCAGAAAUGGCUGCCAGCCUCCGAGGUCUCAGCAGAGCUUUGCACUCUUCUCCCUGCCCUGCUUGGAAACGAGCUCAGUCGGGAACCGAGGGGCGCCUGAAGCCCGAGUACGAUGCCGUGGUGAUAGGAGCAGGACACAAUGGGCUGGUGGCUGCGGCAUACCUCCAGAGACUGGGGGUAAACACUGUGGUCUUCGAGAGGCGCCAUGUGAUUGGGGGUGCAGCUGUCACUGAGGAGAUCAUUCCAGGAUUCAGGUUCUCCCGGGCAUCCUAUCUUCUCAGCCUCCUGAGGCCACAGAUUUACAAAGACCUGGAGCUGAAGAAGCAUGGGCUGAGGCUUCACCUCCGAAAUCCCUACUCCUUCACCCCCAUGCUGGAAGAGGGUACACUGAGCAAGUUGCCCAGGUCCCUUCUGCUGGGCACGGACAUGGCUGAAAACCAGAAGCAAAUCUCUCAGUUCUCACAGAAGGAUGCUCAGGCCUUUCCCAGGUACGAGGAGUUCAUGAGUCGCUUGGUGCUAGCCAUUGACCCCCUGCUGGAUUCUGCCCCCGUGGACAUGGCAGCCUUCCAGCAUGGCUCCCUGUUACAGAGACUCAGGGCACUGUCCACCCUGAGGCCCCUGCUGAAAGCAGGGCGCACCCUGGGAGCCCAGCUCCCCCAGUACUACCAGGUCCUCACAGGCCCCAUCUCCAAGGUGCUAGACCACUGGUUUGAGUCUGAGCCUCUAAAGGCUACUCUGGCAACAGAUGCUGUGAUUGGAGCCAUGACAAGCCCCCACACUCCAGGGAGUGGGUAUGUGUUGCUUCACCAUGUGAUGGGAAACCUGGAGGGGAUACAGGGCGCCUGGAGCUAUGUCCAGGGUGGCAUGGGUGCCCUCUCUGAUGCCAUUGCAAGCUCAGCUACUACGCAUGGAGCAAGUAUCUUCACAGAAAAGACUGUGGCUAAGGUUCAGGUGAACAGUGAAGGCCACGUUCAAGGAGUCAUACUACAGGAUGGCCAGGAGGUGAGGAGCCGAGUCGUCUUGUCUUGUGCCUCACCACAGGUCACCUUCUUGGAGCUGACGCCACAGGAGUGGCUUCCAGAGACCUUUGUGAAGAGAAUAUCCCAGCUGGACACACAGUCUCCUGUUACCAAGAUCAAUGUGGCUGUGGACAGGCUGCCAAACUCCCGAGCAGCCCCCAAUGUCCCCAGGGACCAGCCACAACCACAUCAUCAGUGUUCCAUCCACCUGAACUGUGAAGACACCCUGGCCCUCCACCAGGCCUUUGAAGAUGCCAAGGACGGCCUGCCUUCCCAAAGACCUAUGAUUGAACUCUGCAUCCCAUCAUCUCUGGACCCCACCCUGGCUCCUCCAGGCUGCCAUGUUGUCUCCCUCUUCACUCAGUAUACGCCCUACACCCUGGCAGGAGGCAAGAUCUGGGAUGAGCAGGAGAAAAACAACUAUGCAGACAAAGUGUUUGACUGCAUCGAGGCCUACGCCCCUGGCUUCAAGAGUUCUGUGCUGGCCAGAGACAUCCUCACCCCACGGGAUCUAGAGAGAAUCUUCGGGCUUCCUGGAGGGAACAUAUUCCACGGUGCCAUGUCCCUGGACCAGCUCUACUUUGCCCGUCCAGUGCCCCAACACUCUGGCUACAGAUGCCCUAUUCAGGGCCUGUACCUCUGUGGAAGUGGGGCCCACCCUGGAGGAGGUGUCAUGGGAGCUGCUGGACGGAAUGCAGCCCACGAAGUCUUUAGGGACCUCAAGAGCACGUGAUGCUGGGCCAACUCUGGCCCUGGGAGAAAAGCUUUCCCUGCACUUUGGAGCCACCUAUCAGGCCACCUGCCCAUGAUAACCUGCUUGGAAGGAUACCACUGGGGACAACUGCAUCAAAAAGGUGCCAUUGAUCUGAAUCAGGGCCCGAGUUACAUUUGCACAGUUUCACCUGUGCCCCAGGGCUCUAUGGGCUGCCUGGGUGUGUCUUAUUAAAAACAAUGUUUUGUACAGAGA